AAAAAAAAAAAAAAAGGCCUUGGUUGGCAGACCUCAUGGUCCCGGGCUAACCCAGGACUGGGUAAGGCCGAGGCUGAGUUGUAGAGGCUGUGACCUGGGCAGGCUAUUUCUGGCUUGGUCAAUAAGUGCCCGAAUCCCACCCAGCCUCCUCACUGCCAACCAAGGCCAGAGGUUGGAAGGAAAUGGUGGUGGGAAGUGGGGUCUUCUCCUAGAGAGACAUUCAGAGCUGCCUGAGUGGGCAUGAAUUGGGACAGUUUUCUUGGUUCUGGACAGUGGGCAUGGCUUCCUCAGCUGUGUUAAAAGCACACAAGCAAACAAGGGAGCAGGCAGACGCUCAGCAGCUCUCAAUCUAUCAGUGAGCUUGGUCCCCUGAGGCCACGACCAAGAGGGGUCCCAAGUCUCAAUCCUUUCCCCUGACUCCUUCUUGCUGUCUUCACUCAUAAUCUCUGUGAUUUCUGGGGAAUUUUCUUUCCCCAUUUUCUGUUCCCUGGCUCCCGUUUUUCCAGUCCUUCUCCUCUCCUAUGUCUUGUGGAACCUGGUUUUUGUUCUCAGUGCGUCCCUGAAGUUCCAGAGCCUUCCAGAAAUUCCUGAUGAAUAUCUCAGCGUGUCCCUGUUGACUUCCUCUGCCUUGCGGGAAUCCCUCUGAAACAGGAAAUAAAGAGCUGUCACAUUAUCACCACGUUGGCGUUCUAAUGGCUGGCCUUGGGGUCCCUCUCCCUCACUAGCUUAGUAACUCCUUUUACUCAUCCCUGGAUGAUUACCGUCAUCUGAGAGGCAUCUGAUAAACGGUUGCAGAGUAACAUGUGACUGACAUGGCUUUGAUAGAAACUACGCUGAGAAGAUGAUCAUUUCCUGUAAUUAAGAAGUUGUGCAGCUCGGGAAAAUGCAGAGAAGGAAAACAAGGAAGUGGGGAGGGGUGAAGAAGAUAUGGAGAUAAAGGAGAUUCCGCGGGUGAACGAAGGUCUCUUGGAAGAAGCCAGGCUGGAUGUGGGGCCUCCUGGCCCAGGUGAAGAGUGAGACAAGGACCCUCAGCAAGGUAGCUGCUCUGGCCAAGGAGGGUGAGAGAGGGGAAGAUGACCAGGGUGGGGCUGGUCAACUUAGCAGGCCAGGUAGGAUUUUGGUCCUAAGCGCACAGAACUAGAGAGACCUGCCCACUCCGCUCUCUUCCCUCUCCUGACACCCUCUGUCCAGAAUAGGGUUUUUCCCUCAGGGAGCCCCUCAGCCUGUUAGUUUCCAAGAAUUUGCUGGUCUCAGGAUGGACCUGGGCUCACCUGCUCGCCCUCCUCUCUCAGGCAGCCACCACCCACCCAGUCUCUCCUCAGGGUUCCCACCUCCCAAACCUGUCUGCCGAAUGGAACCAUUCUCUUCUCCCUAACUUGGUGCUCUGGGGGCCACAGGCCUCCUCUCUGAGAGCUUCACUGUGGGUCAGGCCUGGGAGGUGGAGGCCUGGGAGACAGUCCACAGGUUCAGGAAAGCCCCAGGCCCUGCAGUGUCAGUCCCCAGGCUGCAGGUCUCCCUCCCCGUCGUGUAUCUCUGGGGCUGCUGCCACUUGCUCCGGUGGCCCAAGAUGAGACCAGGAAUGCCCCACUCUGCUGCCCACCACCCCAGGGCCCUUCUUCCCAGCCCUGGGCCUUUGUGGGUCCACAAGGGAGAACAGUAGAUGGAACCAAGGUAUUCAAGGGGCCCCUUCAAGGGAGGUUUUCUGGGGACCCCGGGCCUCAGGGUGACUCCAUAGCUUCACUCAGGACAACCUGUCCAGAUUUGAGGUGUUUCCUCAAAAGGGUCCAUUCAAUGGUCUCAGGAGGCUGCUCCACCCAUGGAGCAGAGGGAGCUCCUGCAGGUCCCCAUGGAGACACAUGUCCUGUGGCAUGCACACAAGGUGUCACGUGAAGUUUCCUCCACGAAGACUCAAGGGCUCCCAAGACCAGAGCCUCAGACCAUGAGUAGACGUGGAACACGUGAGGUGAUAAGUGUGGCUCUGGGCUGAGAGCGGCUGAGGGGCUGGAGUGUCUGGGCUUGUGGGAGGCUUCUUGGGUGGGUGGCAGUCUGAUGCUGAGGUGGGGGUGGUGGGUGAAUGGGCCCCUUGGCCACAGAGUGGGAAUCAGUUCUCGCGAUAAGGACAUGUGCGCGUCACCUCCUGGGAUGCACUUUUUGACUUUAUCUGCCGCUGCUGGUGGGGCUGACGGAAAGGGGUGGGAGGUGGGGUUUGGGGAGCAACCUCCAUCCAGAACCUUCAGACUCCUGGAGCAGAUCUGUCCUCUCAGGCAGAAAGUUCCCAGAGGUCAGGAUGUGACCCCAGGUCCCACAGGCACCCCUGGGUUCGCCAGGCUUCCUGGGAGCCUCGGGCAGCCGCACCCUUUCCCAGGGAGGAGGUAUCUGGGAUUAUUCACAGGGCGGGUCCCUGCUCUCAGCACCUGUCUGGUCUUGAUUCUUCUCGGUUAGAGGGAGCCGCUCAGAGCCUGGCCCUCCUCCUCUCCCCAUUUUGUUAGGGCUCCUGGCUUUCCUCUUCUCUCUGAAAAACCAGGGCCCAGCCUCCGUUCCAGGGGCGAGAGUGCCCUCUAGUGCCUGGGAGGGUGAAGGCGGCGGAGGAGGGCAGGGCCAGAGGCCUAGCCUGAAAGGAGGCCCUGCCAGCCAAUGAGGGGUGAGCCGGCUGCAGCUUGACCUGUGGAGCUGGGACAGCAAGGGACCCACAGAGCCGAGGCCUCUCCUGUCCGCGUCCUGGAAUCACGUGAAGAUGCUGUGGUGGCUUCUUGUCUUCUCCACUCUGGGUCUCGGGGCCUGGGGUGAUUCCUCCUGGGAUAAAAUACAAGAUAAACACCUGUCCGAGGGACUUCAGGACCUGCUUGGCAACAUCUCCCAGCUCAUUGAAAAAGACAAACGGGGUCUCAGUGGCGUCUCCACCAUGGUGUCUCGCAAGCAGUGGGGGGCAGACGCCACUGGCUGCAGUGCCCAGCUGGCCCUGCCGGUGGACUUCCUUGUCACGCACCACGUCCCUGGGCUGGCCUGUCAAAACCAGACCUCGUGCAGUCAGCGGCUGCGGGAGCUGCAGGGCCAUCACGUGCGCAACGGCUGGUGUGACGUAGCCUACAACUUCCUGGUUGGGGACGAUGGCAGGGUGUACGAAGGUGUUGGCUGGAAUGUCCAAGGUGUGCACACCCAGGGCUACAACAAUAUUUCCCUGGGCCUCGCCUUCUUUGGCACCAGCAAAGGCCACAGCCCUAGCCCUGCCGCCCUGUCAGCCAUGGAAGGUUUGAUCUCCUCUGCUGUCCGCAAGGGCCACCUGUCACCCGUGUAUGUUCAGCCACUCCUUGUGAAAGGCGAGAGCUGCCUGUCCCCUCAGCAGAAUGCAAGUCUCAAGGAAGCUUGUCCACUUAUUGUCCAGCGGUCUGCUUGGGAUGCCAGGGAGGCCCACUGCCCCAAGAUGAACCAGCCGGCUCAGUACGUGAUCAUUAUCCACACCGCGGGGCGAACCUGCAACAAGUCUGAUGAAUGCCGCGUGCUGGUCCAAGAUAUCCAGUCCUUCUGCAUGGAUAGAUGGGAGUCGUGUGAUAUUGGGUACAACUUCCUUGUGGGCCAGGAUGGCAUCAUCUAUGAAGGAGUAGGCUGGAGUGUCCAAGGUUCCCACACCUCUGGCUACAAUGACAUUGCCCUGGGCCUCGCCUUUAUGGGCACCUUCUCUGGUUCCCCGCCCAAUGCUGCAGCGCUGGAGGCAGCCCAGAACCUGAUCCAGUGUUCCGUGGUCAAGGGGCACCUGGUCCCCGACUACCUGCUGGUGGGGCACAGUGAUGUGACCAACGUUCUGUCUCCUGGGCGGGCUUUGUACAACAUCAUUAAAACUUGGCCUCAUUUCAGACACUAGGGAGCCCCUUUUCCGCCCAAGACCAUUCCCGUCCCCACCCCCAUCCCCUUCCCCAACCCCACCUACUGGUCCUCCCCUUCCUCUCCAUGCUGAUUCAGCACCUGUAUCCUCUCCUUGCCAGCCCCGUCCUGUCCCUCCUGCCUCAGGUUAGUAUGUCAUUUCCUGCCAGCAUCUCCCAGAGCCUCUUAAACCCUGUGGUUGGAUGUUCCCAGCCCUCUGAGCCUGGGCCCAGUCUUCCUCUUUUCUCACCUUCCUCUCCCUGCCACCCGUGUCUUCAGCAGGUGAGCUUUCUUGUGCCCUGGUGCACACCCCUCUCCUGGUGUGCCUUCCCCUGCCGUCUGCCUGGCAGCCCCCAGCCUCACGAGGUGUGACCCAGGUCAAUGUCCCAGCCCCUCCUCUCUGUUCACACACUGCCUUGCCUGAAUCUGGAUGCAGCCCUUAUUUCAGGGCAGUAAUUGUUUAUAGACAUUCUCUCCACUGGGCUGUGAGGUUGUCCAGUUUCAUUUAUGUCUGUGUAUUCAGUUCUUCAGCAGUGUCUAGAAUUCAGAAGAUGAGACAGAUAUUUAUUGGAGAAAUGGAUGAAUAAAGGGGAGUGGGCCAAGUCCCUGCUCCCCUUUCCAAUUUGCUGGACAUACCCUCUUUGGGCAAGAUUUGCUGGACUUUGGGCAGUCCCCCAUCCUGCCAGCAUUCUCUCUGUUCCAUUCUUUUCCAGUCCGAGGCUCAGAACUGGCUCUGGUUGCUUGUCUCAAGGGUCCCAUGUCCCCAUCCUCCCAUACCCCUGUGAGGACAGGACCAUGCGCUACUCCAGACCCAGGCCUAGGCUGUGUCAGGCCACCCAGCACCUCCCCACAUAGGAGAUGCUCAUAGAUAAAAAUUUAUAAACUAGCAUUUCAGAUCCAGCUAAAAAUAUCAAGAAAAUCAUGUAAGAUAGGAAAGAAAAAUUAACUAGAAGUGUAAAAUAUGAGAAAUUGGGUAAUAGAACUCAUGAGAGAGUAAGAAAUAUAAUAACCAUUUCAGAAAUGACCAGGUAAAAGAAGGAAGAUAAAAAGUAAAUGCACACAACAUAUAAUACCUUAGAAGAAAACAAAGAUCAAAUAAAGAAAAAAAUUAAAAAUCCAAAAUAAAUAAAAAAUGAGAGUAAAACAACUAUAUGGAAAGUAACCAAUAUAGUUGAUAAGCAAAGAAGUUACAAGGUAUGUAUAACUGAAGUCCCUAAACAUAAAAACAAAAAUAAGGGAAUAGGACAAAUACAAAAACUGUAAUUCUAGAAAACCUUCCUGAAAAAAAAGUUUUGAAAAUUUGCUUUUACUUUGCUUUGUACUUAAAAAGAAUGACUCACAAAGAUGAAUUACAGGGUGUAUUAAACUAAUGGGUUUUCAAUAAAACAUUUCCUUUGGGCAUUCAGGAUAAAAACCAAAAAUGUGACAAGUAAGAGAGAAAAAUGUCAUCAGACUUUUUGACAACAUUUUCAUCUGGAAAAAAAAUGGAAGAAUAUAUUUAAAGUGUAAGGAAAAAAUGUGAUAAUGUGAUCCAAGGGUGUUAUAGUCAAUAAAAUUGAGCUUCAAAUACAAAGGUCACAGAUACACUCUCAUCAACAUGUAAGAACUCUGGGAAUAUAGUCUCAUGAGCCCUUCCUUAGGAGUCUACAAGAUAAUGACCUCAAACAACCAAAAUAAGACAUUAACAUAAUGACCAGAGAUGAAUAUUAAUGUAUGUGUAUUUGUAAAUUAAGACUAAAUGAAGAUUAUCAAAGUGAGAGUAUAGUAUGUGAUGGUUGUGAGUGCUAACAAUGUAGCAGAUUACAGAACUGAAAAAAAAUGUGAUGGGAAUGAGAAGAGUGUCUGCAAAUUUGCUUUUAAGCUAUUUCAGUAAUUAUAUUGUUGGUGCUAAUCUUUGUAUUAUUUUUCAUGAAAGUUUACUGUGAGAUGUGGGAUCAAACAAAUGAGUAAAUAUGUGAUAUUCUAAUUCCAUCAUCCCCAGUGUUUUUGAAAGUAAGAUUCUCAGGGUGGAAAAAGAAGAGGUUAAGUAAUAUAUCAGAGCCCUGGAUUUGAAUUGAAAAUGUAAGGAUAAACUCACAAGGUACUUAUGAACUCAUGAAGUGUUUCAUCUCAACAUUUUUAACCACUGUCUGGUGAAUGUCUGGAAACUCUGAUCAAGCCAGUAGCAAUAAGUUAGCACCAGAUUGUGAGCUGAAAUUACAGUAUCCCAAUAAAAGAAAUCAAAAGUUCUUGGAGAAACAACUGAUUUUGUGUCUGGGGAUAGAAAAUGUGCAAGAUAAGUGUGAAACAUUUUCUCAUAUCAGAUAACAAUGAAGCCAAAAAAUGUUUUCUCAGUUUGGGUCAAAAGGUCUUGGGAGACUGCUGCCUAAUGGGAGAAUUCCAAUGUCUACUAUCUACCCAAUGGGAC